AUGGCCCUGGAUACCCCGAGCCAGCUAGGCAACACAGGCGAAAACUCCAUCAACACCACUGCCACGUCGGUGUCGCAUGGGUUGAUGGAUCUGUCCCGAUGUGUAUCGGACGCCAACGUGGCGUCUCCAAAACAGCUUCUCAACGCUUACAUAUAUGACUUUUUGAUGAAGAAUACUUUACCUCAAACUGCUCGUCUGUUUGUCUGUGAGGCCGAAAUCCCUUCUGUACCAUAUGACCAGGCCCACUCGCCGUCCAAAGCGUCGCCUCUGCUUCUUGGCUCCACGGCUCGUCAGCAGGCAAACCAGCUUCUGGAAGAGCAUCAUUUGCCAAGGUUGUCGCUUUCUAUGGAUGCGCCACAGGGCUUUCUCUUUGAAUGGUGGCAGGUCUUCUGGGACGUUCUUCAGGCUAAGAACGAACGUUCUCCUUCUUCAGUUGCAUCCCAAUAUUACCAGAUGCUGCUUAUGAAGCAGAGACAACACCAAGAAGCUCUGGGUAUGGAGUGGCUGCUGAACUUCGGUCCACAGUACCAACAGCAUCAACAACAGCAGCAACAACAGCAACAACAGCAACAACAUCCACUGGCUAACCCACAGAUGGCUUCCCAACAGCAGUUCCCUCCACAACAGUUCUCUGGUCAUCCACAACUGGGCGAUCAUCCACAAGGUCAAAUGGGUAUGAUGCCCGGUCAACAGAUGCCAAUGCAAAUGAUGGGUCCACAGGGACCAGUGCAGAAUCCACAAGCGGCCCAACGACAAUUCUCGGCCGAUGCAAGGCAGCAGCAACGACUCAUGAUGUCCAUGAUGAUGAAGCAGCAGCAGCAACAACAACAGCAGCAGCAGCAACAUCAGCAACAACAACAUCAACAACAACAUCAGCAGCAUCAACAACAACAGCAUCAACAGCAGCAACCUCAAGGUAGCCAGGAUGGCCAGCCUCCAGCUCAAGCUCAGGUACUGCAGAAUCCUAACUUCAAUAAUGGCAUGAAUAGAGCCUCCAUGAACGUCACAAAUGGUAUGCAAAUGCCAAUGAAUCAAGGAAAUGGCUCUCAAAUGCAAAUGGGCAUGGGCAUGAAUAUGGGUGCACCCCAACAGAUGUUUAUGCCGCAACAACAGCAGCAACAACAACAGCAAGGUCUUCUACCUCAACAUUUGCAGCAUCCUCAGCUUCAACUGCAACAAUCGCCUCAGCAAACUCCCCAGCAGGUCCAACAGGCUCAACAACAGCAGCAUAAUCGCAUUCAGGAACAGGCUCAGACUCAAAUGAAUAAUUUGAGACAACAAGCUGCCUCUGCACAUCAACAUCAGCAGCCCAAGCUGCUGACUCUGCAGACACCCCAACAACCUGGUCAAUAA